AUGGAAUCAAGCUCAAGUACCGCAAGUACCUCCGGGCCCGCCGGUGCCAUCCGAAAGAACAAGGCCAUUGCAAAGCGGGCCUGCGACCAAUGCAAGUUCCGCAAGAUCAAGUGUAGCCUGUCGCAGCCCUGCAAGGCCUGCCAGUCCAUGGGCUUUGAAUGUACAUUUUUUCAACCUCAGAAGAAGCGCGGACCAACGGGGCAUCGCGUAUCGCAAAUCCGCCAGCAGCAAACUCCUCUGCGAGAGGAAGCUCUCCCAAAGCAAAAUGCUUUCCAGUAUCAGAGCACAACGCCUUCCGUGGAGCCCGGGCAGCCGGGUCCGUUGCCCGGAGCACCGUGGCCGUCGGCGCAUGGUCCAGUCACGAUGCCAUUAGAGGGCGCUGCUGUCCUGGCACCAUCAGCACCCCCAGCUUCAAUGGGGACAGCUUGGGGCGCGGAAACUCCGUCCUUGGAUUCUCACAGUAACAGCGCAAUGAGCUGGAAUGAACGAAAUGACGUCGAGUAUUGGCUUCCAGAUAACCUGGAUUCCCAAGUCCCAGUGUUCGAAUUCCCAGGAAGCAAUGUCUAUCUCAAGCCAUCUCUCCCAUCUAUUAUCCAGCCUGUCCCGGAUGCUCAGGCUAUGGGCCUGCCUCCACAGGAGGCUCAAAAUAUGCCAUUUUCACCGACCGUCGGGUCUAUGCACUCAGAUAACCAGGAAGGCGAUGCUUCCUGGCCAUCGACGAUCAAUGAAGCCAAUAUGAUCCCUUGGAUCGACGUCUACUUUGAUCGGUUACACCCGACCUUACCCGUUCUCAACAGAUCCAGCUUGUACACCGCAAUGCUUACUCAGGAGCAUCGCAAAAAUCCCCAGUUCGGGGCAAUGCUCUUGUCAUUAUGUGCAUUCUCACUCACGCAGCCAAUUGAGAUUAAUGAGCGGCCGACAACUUCAUCCCGGGCCCUUCAGGCUCGGGCUAUGAUGCACGAGGCGACCAAAAUGCGGAGCUGUUCUGAUUUUGGUGAAAACCCAACUAUCGAGGCUGUAUUGACGAGCUUCUUCCUUUUUGGGUGUUUGUUUGGGAGUAAUCAGCAUAAUGCAGCUUGGUUGCGGAUACGCGAAGCCCUCGAUCUUGCGGCUUCGCUGGGGUUGAAUGAUCCUGAUUCAUAUCAUGAACUGUCUGGCGAAGAGAAGGGGCAGAGGCUACGAACCUAUCUCGUUUUAUCGAUCACAGAAAGAGCCUAUGCUUUGCAACGGCGGCAUCCAAUAACAUUCUGGGGCAAACCCGGUUUUACCAUGCGUUCAGUCCACGACUUCAUUCACAGUGCCACGCAUAGCGUUGUCUCCGGAAUCAUUGUCCACAAUGAGAAAGACGCCGAGGGAAUGAUGGGUCUCGCACGAAUGAUGGAACUCUUCGACGCAAUAGACGAAGACGUAAUCGAUUGCUGGAACCGACGAUGCGACAUCAGCAACGGGUACUGCCAGAGACUUACAGAGGCCAAAGCUCUAUCAAUUCACCAAAAUCUCAGUCGUAUCAACCAAGCCGAACGAUAUAGAGGCUAUGACUGGUUCGAACGAGCCAAGGGUGGCCGCGGUGAAACCAACAAUGUUCUCCUCGCUAUGGGACUGCGUGAGACUCAAGCCGCCGACGUCUUCAUUACCCAGAAAUGGCUCCAGAACCGUGUUUGGCUACUCUCUUCAACACACGGUCUUUUGAGUGUUCACUCGGAACGGCCCGAAAUGACCUUUGGGUAUGCCGUAACUGUUGCCGAAUCAACUCUCCAGCUGUGUCAGUCAUUACGGCUUAGUUCCAUGGAGGCUCAUGGUAUAGGUCUGACCGAAAAACUGUACGAUAUCGCCAUCUGCGCAACAAAUAUCCUGUGCAAUACCAGCCCGCCUUGCACCCUCAACAUGCCAAUCAACUUCACCGAAAACAUCGCCCCUGCUACAUCCUCGACGCCACAGUCUCUAGCUGAGGACUUCCUGCUACUCAUGACCAGCUUCCGUGGGGGAAAUCAUCCUUAUUUGGAGAAAUAUAGAGCACAUCUGCGUUCGCUGCAAAUUAUGGAAGCUAAACCUCAGGAGUGGCCUCAGCGGUGA